GCUUUUGGGCCACUUCACUUCAACUUUGUCGACGUUAUAGUCAAUUUCUCGUCCAGUCCGCGGCCACUGCGGUGUUCAAUGAGUCUGGAGACUGCGCGCAUCAGCCAUCCAGGUGCUGGGUGCUCUUUUGGCAUCAUUUGCAGAUGUUAGGAAUAAUUUCAUGAUUUUUUCCCCCAUAAUUCUACGUCAAACGAUGAGUUAACGAGAAUUUUUUGUGAAUUCUCCGAGAAGAUAUGGCCUAGAAACGGGAUCAAUCAGGAACUCGACAACUACUGACAAUUCCGGAAACACCGUAAACACUGCGUUGACAGACAGAAAUGACGACAAGAUCGAAGGAAAAAGUGGUGGCGGCGUUCAGGAAGAUUUUUCGAGCGUCCGAUAAAAUCACCGAUCAGGAAGGCGCCAGCAGUUCGACGAGUUCACCUUCCAGAAGGAUUCUGGGUCGUCAUCAUCGUCCAGACGUGGUGACACCAUCGGAUGCGGGUCUACCUGACAAUCCGGGGACCAGUCACACCGGUAGCUGUUUUUUCAAGUCGAAAAAAAGUGGAAAUUGCUCACAGGCCCCCAUAAACAUCCCUGAACGCGGUGUGCGCCUUCGCCGUCUGAUGAAGGAGCUGAGUGAAAUUCAACGGAGUCAGCAUCGUCGAGAAUCAGCAUUCACCGCUGAACUCGUCAACGACAAUCUCUUCGAGUGGCACGUGAGACUCCACAAGAUCGACCCCGAGAGUGAAUUGGCGGCUGACAUGAGGGAACUCGAUAUUCCCCACAUAUUAUUACACGUUAUCUUCCCUGAGACAUUUCCAUUUGCACCGCCAUUCAUGAGGGUCAUAUCACCGAGGAUAGAGAAAGGUUUUGUAAUGGAAGGUGGUGCGAUAUGCAUGGAGUUGUUGACUCCACGUGGAUGGGCAAGUGCCUACACCAUCGAGGCCGUCAUCACGCAAUUUGCUGCGAGCAUCGUAAAGGGCCAGGGACGAGUGGCACGAAAACCAAAGACGAAUAAAGAAUUCAAUCGUCGUUCAGCCGAGGAGUCCUUCAGAAGUCUCGUAAAAACUCAUGAAAAAUAUGGCUGGGUGACUCCACCGCUUGCUGAAGGUUGAUCAACAGAAU